AUGCGCGAGUUCCUCACCCGCGUCAACAUCCCCAACUUCGACGCCGGCGCCUACAUUGACCGCGUCAGCGCCUCGUCGUCUCAGCUGCCCAAUAUCGCCCUCGCCGUAUCGGGAGGCGGUUAUCGUGCCCUCAUGAAUGGCGCCGGCUUCCUGGCGGCCGCCGAUAGCCGCACGCCCAACUCGACGUCCGCCGGCGGCAUCGGCGGCCUACUCCAGUCAGCCACCUACCUCGCUGGCCUCUCCGGCGGCGGCUGGCUCGUCGGCUCCAUCUACACCAACAACUUCUCCUCCGUGGUCGACCUGCAGCGCGGCUCCGAGGGCUCCGCCGUCUGGAAGUUUGACCGCUCCAUCUUCUCCGGCCCCCGGGAGUCUGGCAUCUCCAUCCUCAACACGGCCGAGUACUGGACGGACGUCGCCCACCAGGUGGACGCCAAGGACAAGGGCUUCGAGGUGUCCAUCACGGACUACUGGGGCCGCGCACUCUCGUACCAGCUCGUCAACGCCACCGACGGCGGCCCGGCCUACACCUUCUCUUCCAUCGCCGAGUCGUCCGACUUCCAGUCCGGCGCGCAGCCGUUCCCCAUUCUGGUCGCCGACGGCCGCGCCCCCGGCGAACGCAUCAUCUCGCUCAACGCCACCGUCUACGAGUUCAACCCCUUCGAGCUCGGCACCUGGGACAACACGGCCUUUGGCUUCGCACCCCUUCGCUAUCUCGCCUCCAACUUCACCGCCGGCCGCGUCCCCGACAAUGGCUCCUGCGUCCGCGGCUUCGACCAAGCCGGCUUCGUCAUGGGCACCUCAUCCUCCCUCUUCAACCAGUUCAUGCUCCAAAACAUCUCCUCGGCCGGCCUCCCCGACUUCAUCCAGAGCGCCCUGACGAGCAUCCUCAACGCCAUCGACCAGGACAACAACGACAUCGCGCAGUACGUGCCGAACCCCUUCUUCGGCUGGAACCCGAGCACCAACGUCAACGCCAACCAGACCGAGCUCUCCCUCGUCGACGGCGGCGAGGACCUCCAGAACAUCCCCCUCCACCCCCUGAUCCAGCCGCGCCGCGCCGUCGACGUCAUCUUCGCCGUCGACUCCUCCGCCGACACCAACUACAACUGGCCCAACGGCACCGCCCUCCGCGCCACCUACGACCGCGUCGCCGAGCCCAUCGCCAACGGCACCCUCUUCCCGCCCGUCCCCGACGCCAACACCUUCAUUAACCUCGGCCUCAACCGCCGCCCGGCCUUCUUCGGCUGCAACGCCUCCAACUUCACCCUCUCGGGCAACCAGCGCGUGCCGCCCCUCGUCGUCUACCUCCCCAACGCGCCCUACGUCACCCACUCCAACGUGUCCACCUUUGUGCCCAGCUACGAGCUCAGCCAGCGCGACGCAAUCAUCCAGAACGGCUACGACUCGGCCACCCAGGGCAACGCCACCCUCGACGCGCAGUGGCCCAUCUGCGUCGCCUGCGCCGUCCUCUCGCGCAGCAUGGACCGCACGCGCGAGACCGUGCCCGAGGCGUGCACCAGCUGCUUCCAGCGGUACUGCUGGAACGGUACGCUCGACACGCGCGACGUCGAGUACAAUCCCCCGUUCGCCAUUGGCAACAUCGAGACCAACAGCCCCGCGGCGAGGAUGGCCGUAAGUGUGGUGGCAAGUGUCACGAGUGCGGUUGUGGCCAUGGCACUUGCCCUCUGA